AUGUCACAAGAAAUCCUAUUACCCAUCAUUCUUGGCCUAGUAUUUCUCUUCAUCAAGUUUGUUGGCUUUUCCAAGCAGACAAGCAAACCUAUUCCGGGACCUCCCGCACUUCCUCUUAUCGGAAACCUCUUACAGUUCAAGUCUCCCAGCAUCCUCAAGACAUGGGCACGCCACCCCAAAAUUGUCAAGGAGCUUCUUGAGAAAAAGUCGGCUGCUACAUCCACUCGUCCUAGUUUUCUGUCGGCAAAUAUGGUCUCGGGCGGGAGACGGAUGGUUCUCAUGCCAUAUGGGAACCACUGGCGGACGCUUCGGUCCAUUAUCCAUGCUUCACUGACCCCGAAGGCGGCUAAUGUGCUGCAGCCUGCUCAGAACUUUGAGGGAAAGCAGUUGAUUUGGAAUAUUUUCAACAGCAUUAACAAUACUGGUCAGACCCGGGAAGCCAAGGACGAUCGAGAGAUGGGUUUUUAUACCCAUGUUCAGAGAUACUCAGCAUCAGUCAUCUUGCUCAUGGUUUACGGGUUGAGGGCACCGACAUGGGAGUCCAACGCAAUCACCCAGAUCUACAAGGUCAUGAAUGACUUUGGUAGGGUCGCCAAUCCCAUAUACGGUGCCAUUGAUGUCUUUCCCUGGCUCCUGAACUUGCCAAAGUGGAUGCAUUGGUGGAACAACGACCUCAAAAAGAUUGAAGAACGACAGAGUGAGGCCUGGCUCCACUAUUGGAACCAGAUGAAGGACAAGAUCGACAAGGGUGAAGCUCCUGAUUGCUUCGGUCGCCAGUUUGUGGAAGCAGGCUAUAAGCAAAAGGGCAUCAGCGAGUUACAGGCUGCGUAUGUCUGCGGAACAAUGAUCGAGGCCGGGUCCGAUACCACGGCAGCGUCAGUAAAUAACGGACUUCUUUACCUCAGUGCCUACCCCGACGUGGUUGCCAGAGCCCACGAGGAGAUUGAGCAUGUAGUGGGUAACAAUCGGUCUCCCACCUUUGACGAUGACCUCCCAUAUGUUCGGGCAAUUGUCAAGGAAACCCUUCGAAUCCGACCAGCUACGACUAUGGGUGGACCUCAUGCAGCUGACCAAGAUAUUGAAUACAAUGGAUACACCAUCCCUAAGGGAACUGGUCUAAUGCUACAUCAAAACGGCAUUCAAAUGGACCCAGAACUUUAUCCAGAGCCUGAAAAGUUCAACCCAGACCGCUUCCUCGACCAUCCACUCAAGGCGGGAGACUAUGUCGGAAUAGCGGAUCCUUACAAACGAGAUCACUGGACAUAUGGAACUGGACGAAGAAUUUGCUCAGGGAUGCACGUGGCCGAGAACAGCUUGCACAUUGUCUUUGCCAAGAUACUGUGGGCGUACACUAUCAGUGCGCCCAAAGACGAAGAGGGUAGAUUGUUGCCGGUUGAUCUCUCGGAUGAUGCGUUUUUUCUAGGGGCAGUCACUGUGGCGAAACCGUAUCGGUGUAUCUUUAGCCCCAGGAAUGCUGAGGUUGCAGAGACGAUUGUGAGGGAGUGGAAGGAGGCGGAGAGAGAAGGAUUUCAGCUUGGAGACCGCAAGGUGGGCAUAGACGGGAUUAUUGCGACACAGACAGACUAG